GGGCACCACGUCUGUCCCGAAAAAGUCCCUCAACCUUAAGCUUCUGUGGGUGCGAACGAGAUCAGAGGUUUGAAUCAAGCACGACUUAGAUCGUCUCGGAGGUCGACUUUUUGCAGUUUCGUGCGGUAUGGAACGAAAGGGAGAGAAGUGGCGAAGGAAAUCGACAGGCUCGGGCUCCUCAAGCUCGACGGAUGAUGAAGCAUUUUUCAGCCGGAAAAAGAAGCAGCCAACUGGCGGACCGGUCCGACGAGGCAGUCGUCGAAGGUUGACGCUCGAAGAAGCGAUCAAGAGCAACGAGUCGAACUUCAUCGACUUCAAUCCAUUCCAAUCUGGAGACUCCGUCGAUCCCCUGCUGCCCCCCAACACUCCCAAGAAGAAGAAACCGGCAGAGUCCAGGGUUAAUAAAGCCAAGUCGACGAGUGGUCGGAGGAAGACCAUCCAUGGAACCGGCUGCUCGAUCACCCUCCCUAGGAGUAGUACUCCAUCCUUCAUCAGUCAUCAGCCAUCCAGUGAGAAACGAUUUCCUCCCCGGUCACCAGUUGUGAAGCAACAAGAAACAGGUACCCGUUCUGGCCGGCCAUCAUUUCAAUUUUGUGCUUUCGAUCCGCUCAGUCCAAUUAAACAGACUGAGCAUGAAAACCGGAGGAGUCCUCCUUCUGAAUCAUCAAGCUCGAGUGAUCCAGCAGAAGUCGGAGAGGUUCCUGAGCCCCCCAAGAAACCAAGAGCCACUCAAAAUGAACGGAGCUCGAUGAUCGAACGAGCCAUUCAAGCCAAGAACUCCAGCUUCAUCAACUUUAAUCCUUUCCAAGGAGAUCUUACUACUACUCCUUCAGAACCAAUCAAAAACAAUAAGAACUCGGGAGCCGGUCAACAGGUCUUCAUAAACAAGGCUGAGAAGACUCUUCGGAGGAAAACCGUGGAUGGCUCAUCGGGAAAUUCGUCGUCUACAAAUCAUCCUGUUUCUGCCCUCUCAGCCCAGUUCGAAAGUAAGGUCAAUCCUGGAACUGGUCGCCGCUUGUCCGACCAAUCCUCUAUGAACCAUAAGACGGGACGUGGUGUUCGUGACAACCGUCGCGUGAGUUUUCUCGACGAAGUGAGGUUCAAACAACAGGAGGUAUCCGAAUUAGUCGAGUCGAACGAAAGGGAAAGGGACGAAUCAUACCAAGCCAGCCCUCCGACCUCACUCCCCACCCUUCCUCCUUCAGAAAGACUCCGUACGCCCGGUCCUCCUACUGUUGCUCUUCCGUCACCAUCCGUCCCUCUCCUCCCUUCCAAGUUCUAUCCUUCACUCUCAGGUUACCCUAGUUUAUCACCUUCACCGUCUUCAUCGUCGUCCUUGUCCUCGUCGUCGUCAUCAUCAUCAUCCAACUUCUUGUCAGACAAAACACACUUAAAAAAAGAUGGUUACUUCUUGAGAAGCUAUCGUUUUCUCUCGUCUGCAUGUAUUGUUUUCUUGUGUUCUUUCUUUCUGUUGUUGGUAUCUCGUAUCUUCUGUUAAGAUUUGUAUGUAUAUGUUGUUUUGUUCUCUUGAAGGAAGUACGUAGGUGCGCAUAUAUAUUCAUAGUCAUGAAUCAUGUCAAGGAUUUGUCUGGAAGAUCAAGUGAAGGAAAAGCAUUUCAAAUCGC